AUGGACAAUUCAAUCUUCAAAAUCAAAUACAGUUACCUUAAUACGAGCAAGUUAUCAUGCUGUCAUUCAGCUCCACACAGACAUUGUUCGAUUUUAGAAUCAUCAACCAAAAUCCACUACGAAAAUAUUAAAGUGCGCUGCCUAAGUCAUCAUCAAGUGAUUUACAUGGACUACUUCCACUUCAUCGCUAAUUCUGGGAAAAGAGCAGUUAAAAGGAUAUCACCAAAUCCCAAACCUCUAAAUGUCCUCGUCCUAAUCCUGGCAGGAAUCAGCAACAACCAGAUGAACUCUUCGCUACCAAAAACGCAUAAGUUCAUCAAACAAAACUUCAUGGUAUAUAAAUUUAAUUAUGUACAGCCGCAGAGAAGCUUUGGAAACGUAGCGAAAGCAUUGAGAAGCGAUUUGGAUAUUUGGGAAGUUUACAAGAAAAAAGGAUUUGUGACCGCUUUCGCUCAGGACCGAAAUAGUUGGCCUUUAGAUGGAUUCGAUUUCAACUUGAGGGACUUUUACAAUUUCGCGCAAGAAGGCAUUUUAAUUAAUGAUCAUUGUUUAGGCCACAGAAGAACUUAUGAUCUGGUCUUGGAAUACGCUUCUGAUUUCCUGAAAUUGCGUAAAUCGCAGCCGGCUUUUGGUGUUUUCCACUUGGAGACGUUUCGAAAGCAAAAUUUGAACGCUGCUGAUGAACAGUUCUUCGAUUUCUUGACGGAUCUUUACUUCCAUCUGAAAAGGGACACUGUUUUAUUUUUCUUUGGAGAUACGAAUAAUGAGAAUCCUUUUUAUUAUUUACUUGUUCCUGAGGAUUACUUGGAAGAAUUUCCUGACGUUAGGUACUUUCUUGAGGUAAAUAGUGAAGCUCGCAUGGUUACCUUUGAGGAUAUUUAUUGGACUCUGAGGAAUUUUGCGGAUCCGUAUCAGAAGGAGCAUUUGCAUACUAAAAAUGCGAAGAGUCAGAGUUUAUUUCAAGGUGUACCAUCCAAUAGACUGUGUUCCGAAGCCGGCGUCGAGCCGGAUUCCUGCUUCUGCAAGAAGCAAUCUCUAUUCUCAUUGAUAUUCCAAAAAAGCGCUUGA